AUGUCGCCGAGCCUGCAGCGAGCACACUCGUGCACAGACAUUGGCUUCACCCUCAGGAAGCAGUUUCACAAAGAGGAGUUUAGGCCUCAUCAGCGCGAGAUCAUAGAGGCCGCCCUCGGCGGAAGUGACGUGUUCGUGCAGGCAGCGACCUCGUUUGGCAAGAGCUUGUGUUUCCAGCUCCCCGCAGUGGUUGAUCAUGGCAUCACCAUUGUCGUCUCUCCUCUGCUGAGCCUCAUGAUGAACCAAGUCGAGGCGAUGCGGGCGGCCGGCAUCAACGCCAGCUCGCUGAACAGCAACACACCCUACGCCGACAGGGAGCGAAUCCACCGCGAUCUCGAGACGGGACAUCCGAAGACGAGACUUCUCUACGUAACGCCGGAGCUGUGCUCGGGUCCUCGGUUCCGCGAGCGGCUAAAGGUGGUCCACAAGCAAAGGGAACUUGCCAGGAUCGCCAUCGACGAAGCCCACUGCAUAUCGGAAUGGGGUCACGACUUUCGCAAGGACUUUGGCCGGCUUUCAUGGUUCCGAGACACAUUCCCCGACGUGCCCAUCAUGUGCGUCACGGCGACGGCGAACCCGCAGGUUCGGCAACAUGUCCUGAGCACGUUGCGACUGGACGGAGAGAAGACGAAGAUGUUCGUCAUGAGCCCGCAGCGCAGCAAUCUUCAUCUUGAAGUCAGGUACACUCGGGACGAGGACGAUGGCCGGCUGUCGGAUUUUCUUUGCUGGAUUCGCGGCGUCUAUGACCGGAGGCGCAGCCACGAGCGACAGGCCGAGCUACGGCAGGCAGGCGAGAGGGCGGAGAACGUGCCGGGCAUCAUAUACACGAUAACGCGUGACGAAUGCGAAUCCUUGUCGGCCGCGCUCCGGGAGGAAGGCGUCGGCGCCCGGCCAUUUCACGCCAAGCUGGCCAAGGAUGUCAAGGAGGAGACGCUCGCCCGAUGGAUAGGGAACGAGGCGGGAUACGACAUCAUCGUCGCGACGACGGCGUUUGGCAUGGGCAUCGACAAGGAUAACGUCCGCUUCGUCGUCCACUGGCGUAUCCCAAAGUCCUUUGAGGGCUACUACCAGGAGGCCGGCCGCGCCGGACGAGACGGCAACGCGAGCUACUGCUUCCUCUACUACAGCCGCGAAGACCUCGAGCGGGUGACGCGCAUGAUCCGGGCCGACUGCAAGGACGGUUCCAACUUUGAGGCUCGACUGCGCAGCCUUCAGGCGCUUGCGUUGUAUUGCGAGAAUACCGAUUCAUGCCGACACGCCGAGAUUUGCAAGUACUUUGGCGAGCCGACGGUGCCGACGUGCGACUUUGCAUGCGACUGGCACAAGGAUGCCCGAGACUUGGAGCUGAGAUUCCUGCAGGGCCUCGCAAGCGAGGAUUGGGUGAGCACGCAAGCCUUGCGUGGGACAUACGACGGUUACGACGACUCCUGA